AGCCCCGUUCGUUGCCACUUGACAAGUUCCGUCAGUCGUGUUGGUCGUUUGUCAUCGGUUAGCAAAAAAGUGGUUUUAUUUUGUGAAAAUCCAAUUUAUUUGUUUAAUUUUUAGUUUUCCCCACACCUGUUUGUGUGUAAAUUCGUUGAAAACCCGUAAAAAGUUAAUUGUAAGCGGCAAACUACGAAAUAAACGCUACAUUCCAGUAGAAAAUAAGUGAAUAAAAAUCGGGCGAACACAUCACAAGGAAGAAAAUGUAAAUUGAUGCGUUGUGAAAAAAUAAGCGUAGAAAAGACGAAACAAGUUAAAAAGAGUAGGUAAAGGAGCAGCAGUGAACGUGAACAAUUGUAUGUGCAAGCAAAGGAAAACGUAAACGUCAAGAGAUUCGCAACUGAAAAGGUUAAAUACGUGAAUUUGGAUAAAAAAAAGUGCAAAUUAAUUGAAAUAUCAUUAACAAAGCGAAAAACAGUGAUAAUCAAAUAAUAGUAAUAUAAAAUCCAUAAAAAAAGUUGUGUUUUCCUGUGUUCAACUACAAACGAUCUCUGCACUGAGCAGAGCAUAGAGGUGAGUAGUGGAGUUAAAGGCGGGUGAAAAACUGAUGGUGUAGCAGUGAAAGAUUUUAGCGCGUGUCUGUGCCUACGACCAAGUACCAAAAACAAUAACAAACAACAAACACGCCCGCAAUAGCAACAGCUAUUGGAGUAUAAUAUAUGCAAAAACAACAACUGUGAAAGCAACAGCAACAGCAACAAUAACCAUUAAAGUCAACUGAAUCAGUGAAUCACAGCUCAAAAUGAAUUCCGAACACGGAUUUAAUCCAGCCUUUAAUAUGGCGACCAUACGCCAAGCAUUCACAGAGGCCGUUGAACGAGUGAGAAUGCCAACACCCACACGCCUGCGAGAUCUCAUACGGCAAAUACGCGCCGCCAGGACAGCCGCGGAGGAGCGCGCUGUAGUUAACAAAGAAUGUGCCUACAUCCGCAGUACUUUCCGGGAGGAAGAUUCGGUGUGGCGAUGCCGCAACAUUGCGAAGCUGCUCUAUAUUCACAUGUUGGGCUAUCCAGCGCAUUUCGGGCAGCUGGAAUGUCUGAAACUCACCGCCAGCACACGAUUCACCGACAAACGCAUCGGCUAUUUGGGUGCCAUGCUGUUGUUGGACGAACGUCAGGAUGUGCAUCUACUGAUAACGAAUUGCCUCAAAAAUGAUUUAAAUAGUUCUACACAAUUUGUGGUGGGUUUGGCGCUGUGCACACUGGGCGCCAUAGCAUCGCCCGAAAUGGCACGUGAUUUGGCUAGCGAGGUUGAGCGUCUAAUGAAGUCGCCCAACACCUACAUUCGCAAAAAGGCCACAUUGUGCGCCUUUCGUGUUAUACGACGAGUACCAGAACUGAUGGAAAUCUUCUUACCGGCCACACGUUCACUGCUUAGCGAGAAGAAUCAUGGCAUAUUAAUUACUGGCGUAACCCUCAUCACCGAGAUGUGUGAGAACAGCGCCGACACUUUAAUGCAUUUCAAGAAGAUUGUGCCAAAUUUGGUACGCAUUCUGAAGAAUCUUAUUUUGGGCGGCUACUCACCGGAGCAUGACGUCAGCGGUGUGAGCGAUCCAUUUCUGCAGGUGAAAAUUCUGCGUUUGCUGCGCAUACUCGGCCACAAUGAUGUGGAUGCAUCGGAGGCCAUGAAUGAUAUCUUGGCGCAGGUAGCCACCAAUACGGAGACAAGUAAAAAUGUCGGCAACACUAUCCUGUACGAGACAGUGCUCUCCAUCAUGGAUAUACGUUCGGAAGGUGGCCUCCGUGUGUUGGCUGUUAACAUUCUUGGACGUUUUCUACUUAAUUCCGACAAGAAUAUUCGUUAUGUCGCAUUGAAUACGUUGCUGCGUACAGUUCAUGCGGAUACGUCGGCGGUGCAGCGUCAUCGCACCACUAUUUUGGAGUGCCUGAAAGAUCCGGAUGUCUCGAUAAGGCGUCGCGCCAUGGAACUCUCGUUUGCGCUAAUCAAUGCACAAAAUAUUCGUACAAUGACGAAAGAAUUGUUGCUGUUCCUUGAGAAGGCUGAUCCCGAAUUCAAAGCGCAAUGCAGUUCGGGCAUGAUUUUGGCUGCUGAACGCUAUUCGCCCAAUGCGCGAUGGCAUCUGGACACGCAAUUGAGUGUGUUGAAUGCGGCUGGCAACUAUGUGCGCGAUGAUGUGGUCUCUUCGACCAUACAGCUGGUCUCGAGUAGCCCGGUCGCUGAGCAGACAUACAUAACGAAUCGUUUCUGGGAAUCGCUGCAGGUUGCAAAUCACUGCGAAGACAAGCAGCCGCUGUUGCAAGUAGCCGUGUGGGCCAUUGGCGAAUAUGGCGAUCUUUUUAUGUACGGUCCCAACGAAGAUGGUGCGUACAUGAUUUUAAAUUUAAUAAUCUUUAUUGAAUGUGCAAUUUUUCUCUUUCAACAUUCCACAGAAUUUGAACGUCCAUCGGAAAGCGAUUUAAUUAGCAUGUACCAUAAGUUUUUAACCUCUGCUCAAGUAUCAAUAACCAGCAAGCAAUACGCCUUAGUGUCACUCGCUAAACUAAGCACGCGUCUGCAGAAUUGUGUCGAAGAAAUUCAGGCAUUGAUUACCUCAUUCGGCAGCCAUCUGAAUGUAGAUUUGCAGCAGCGUGGCGUCGAGUUUACACAAUUAUUUGGCACCUAUAAAAAUUUGCGUCCACCGUUGCUAGAAAAAAUGCCACCAAUGCAAAUCAGUCGCAUCUCGUCGCAGAAUGGCGAGAGCAGCGGUUCAUACGAUGACAAUAGUCCGGAUUUGAUUGAGAAUGGCAUAGGCAUUGGCGAUGAACAAAUAGGCAAAGAGAGUAAUAUGAAUACGAUGGGUGAUAAUACGAAUAUAUUGCUCGAUUUGCUGGGUGGCGCCGAUUUAAGCUCACCCACAGCGACAGAUUUAUCCAAUUCUGUGGCUGUGCAAAAGAAGAAUACGAAGAAUGCUAAUGAAACGUCAAAUAAUCAAGCCAUACUUGACUUGCUCGAUUUGGAUAUAUCAGCUGGUACCACUAAUACGGCAACAAAUAUGAAUAAUGUGCUUGGCCUGGACUUGAGUGGUGGUGUGUCGGCGCCGACAAUACCAACGGCGACCGCAGCGACAAAUGGCAACGAUCUGGCGAAUAUUAUGUCGUUAAGCGGCAAUGGAGGUGGUGGUGGUGUUGGUAGUGGCAUCGGUGUUGGUGGUCUAUUAGGGUCGAACAGUAUUUUGUCGCAGCCUGGCGCUAUUUCGGGCAAUGCGUUACUUUCCGAGUUAGCGGCGCCAAUUGCGAAUGUGGCACCACCAAACAAUAUUGCUGUGCCUCCUCAGGGUCCCACUUUGACUGUGCUGGAUAAGAACGGCUUGCUGGUGCAGCUGGUGCCGGUUAGGAGCAACGACUGCUUACAGAUAUUUAUGACAACCACAAAUAAUUCAGCCAAUACAUUGGAGCAAUACGUCUUUCAGGCCGCAGUUCCUAGAGUAUUCACGCUACAAAUGAUAUCGCCUUCUGGGUCGGUCUUACCGCCAGGUGGUGUUAUAACGCAAGAGAUGCGUGUUGUUAGUACGUCCAAUGCUACCCUUCGUAUGAGGUUACGCAUAUCAUAUGUUGUCGAUGGGCAACCCGUGGCGGAGCAAACAGAAGUUAGCGGAUUCCCCGACACUGCACCCGAAUAGGAUUGAAUCAAAAUAUAAAUAAUGAAAUUUGCAGUAUAAGCAUAUGCAAUGUUAAUAGAGCGUUUAAGCAGGAAACACAAAAAGAUCGAAACUGGAAACUAACAAAACACUGAGAAAAACAAAAACUAUAUCCCUCCCUUUGUUCCCUCCUUUUCUCUCCUUGUUCUCCUUUCAUACAAGUAUGGUAUGCAUGUGUUCUUCGUAAACUACACAAACUAUAUAUUCUUUAUAAAUAUAUAUUUUGUAAUAUACAUUAACGAAGCAUUCGGUAACACACACACACACGCAGUUUAACUGAUAAAUUUGCGUGUAUUCAAACAAAAACACGCGUACACUCUAUUUUCAAUGUUUACAAAGGAUAUACGAUGCAAGAUAGUCAAUCAAAUCCAUGUCCAUAAUCAUUACACGCUCAUGUGAAAUUUGUAAAAUAUACAUGGCACCCCCCAUAUAACUGUAUUAUGUAUUAAGCGUAUGAAAAAGCAAACAAAAAAAAAAACAGAAAAAAACGAUUAAAAAAUAUAGAAAUGAUAAUAAUAAUAAAUAUUAUAAGUCCAAACCUACAUUCUUGUUCUCACAUGAAAAAAAAAACUAAAUAAAAUGCAGUAUACGCAAACAUAAGACACUUUUGUUGGGAAACUGCGAAUUGUAUGUUGUUGUACGCUUAGCGCUUCGUA